AAACCUAUCCACAUCAUCUUCCUCACCAGGAUGCUCAACUUUUGCUACUCCAGUCUCCACUAACACACCAAAGACUGCCUCAAAAGCUCUCUCUCCAUAAUGCACAUCUUACUCAUCCUGCAGCUCCUCUUUUCCUUCCUCCUUCCAAGUUACGUUGUUGCCGACCGCUCAUCCAAAUCACCAAGCAACAAUGCCAUCCUUCUCUCGCGCGUCCACUCUCUCACCCUCCACGGGGGCCGUCUCACUAGCUCCAGACGAGUAUCCCCGAUCCCCCAGCUGAAAUGCACUGGCCCCUCCAGGCGCAUCUGCAACAUGUACCAAAUCGACACGAUGCGCUGCACAAACGAAGGCUACGGCUAUGACGAAGAAGACAUCCAGUGGACCUGCACUGCGGAGCUCCCCCAAGAGUUCAAACUCGGUUCAACCGACGUAGUGUGCGAGGGAUACCGGAAUGCAGACGAUAAAUGGGUGUUGAAGGGGAGCUGUGGCGUCGAAUACCGACUGCUACUGACAGAGCUGGGAGAGGAGAAAUUCGGACGCGACACUAGUAGUUCCAGCGGGGAGCUUGGCCCCAUAGGGACACUGAUUUUCUGGGGUUUCAUGGCACUAGUCUUUGGAAUCAUUGUGAUAGCAAUGCUGAAUGAGUGUUUUGGGACUCAGCGAGGCGAGAGGGUUAAUGUUGGUGGUCAUGGCGGCGGGGGCGGCGGCGGACCUCCCAGACCUCCACCCCCUUAUAGCAGCUCCCCGCCUCCCUAUUAUAGUUCGUCGGAUCCUCAUACAUCUGGGUCAAGUUGGAGGCCCGGGUUCUGGACGGGUGCUUUGGGUGGUGGUGCGGCCGGUUAUACGUUGGGGAGAAGAAGCAACCGUCCAUCCGGUUCCUCAUACACAACGACACGAUAUCCUUCGUCUAGAAGAUGGGAUGACUCCGGUGAAGGUAGCUCAGGGUCGCGUACUACGCAGUUAUCGAGCACCACCACAAGCACCGGGUUUGGUUCAACCAGGCGCAGGUAAUACCCAGGAUAAUGCAGUGAUAUGUAGUCAUGGGAGUCGGUCCUUCACAAAUUGACUUGUUAUUUAAGCCCUUUAGAUAUUCUUUUUGCUGGUUAAGGUACCUGUAACGCCAAGCGUCUCACGAUCCCCACUAGACAUGUCUACUGCAUAAGCAGAGCACGCAGAGGGG